AUGACGGAAACGGUUACAGAUCAAGGGAAGCAAAGAAGUUCCAAGUUGCAAAAAAAUGAAGCAGCAAAAGAUGAGCAAGUGGAGGGAAAAGGGAAAGAAACACUUGAAUCAGGAACUGAUAAAAGCGCGGAGCAAAAUUCAUCAUUAUUAGUGGGGCAACCUGAUGUAAUCGAUAAUGAUAAUGUUCAAACCGUUGAUGAUUUUAAGAAUCUCAUGUAUAAGAUGCAAGAAACGCGACGUGCGAUAGUAUUUGCAUUGCUAAAUGAAAAGGAUUUGACGAAGGAUGAUGUUGAGAUAUUAAAACGAGCUUAUGAAAAGCUAACUGACAAUCAGACGCAUUCUUUCCAACGUGAGAUGUGUACACUUACGACAAAAUUGAGUGUAAAUAUCGGAGAUGAAACAAGAGGCCUUGAAAAAGAUUUGAAAUAUCUUGACGCAUUGAUGAAUAUCCGAAGAGAAGAACCAAACUUAUUGUGGCCAAUCAUAAUGUCUCGAGUUGAUUUAUUUUCAAUCCUUGCAAAUUACCACCCGAAAGGCAAAGAAACAUUUUUGAAGGAAUAUGAAGAUACUGUGAAAUUUCUCAAAACAUUUAUUAGUUCGGAAGCGAUUACCGGUAAGAAACCAAUAUUUAUCACGGAUUGGGAUGGUACAAUGAAAGACUAUUGUUCGCAAUAUGCAACAAAUCUUCAGCCUGUGUAUAGUGCAGUUGGAAUGACACGAUUCGCAGCUUCUUUUACUCGUAUUAGCGCAGUGUUAACAGCAGGACCACUGCGUGGACCCGGUAUACUUGAUCUAACAGCCAUGCCAAUUGAUGGUCCUGUAAUGUUCAGCGGUUCUUGGGGUCGUGAAUGGUGGCUAUCUGGAAAACGUGUUGUUCAUCAAGAUGGUAUUACGGAUGAAGGUUUCAACGCAUUGCAGCGUUUAGAUGAUGAGAUGAAAGAUUUGUUGCAUACCUCCGAUUACGCUCCAUUUGCACUUGUUGGAAGUGGUGUGCAACGAAAAGUGGAUAGAUUAACGUUAGGUGUCCAAACUGUUUGCCAUCACGUAACUUCUGAAUUAUCCAACAGAUAUCAAAUGGCUGUAAAAGAACGGAUGCAUCGCGUAGAUCCUAACAGUCAGAUUUUGGUAUUUGAUCCAUCCACAGAAUUAGAAGUUGAAGUAGUUGCACACAAUUCGGGAAUAAUAUGGAAUAAGGGCAAUGGUGUAGAGCGUUUGAUAAAAAGUUUAGGCGAUUCACUGCAGUCACCGGGGAAAAUUUUGAUUUGCGGCGACACUUUGUCGGAUAUCCCAAUGGUUCGACAAGCAGUAAAACAAAAUCCGGAUGGUGUUUUGGCCAUAUUUGUUGGUGCAAAAAUGUCGUUGCGUGAGGAAGUUAAACAAGUUAUUGGUGACGAAAGUCGUUGCUGUUUUGUAUCAUGUCCAGAUGUCAUACAUGCGGCAAUGUCACAAAUUCUGAACGAACAUUGCAUCGGCAAAUGA